AUGUCGAUCACCGCGGUGCGGAAGACAGAGCUGAUAUCGGAUUACGCCACCAAGACCAACGAUACCGGCUCGCCUGAAAUCCAGGUUGCGAUCCUGACAGAGCGGAUCAACAACCUGACCCAGCAUUUUCGGACCCACAAGAAGGAUCUUCAUUCGAGGCGGGGCCUCCUGAAGAUGGUCAGCCGCAGGCGCCGCCUGCUCGACUAUCUGAAGCGCAGCGAUCAGGAGCGCUAUGCCACCGUGAUUAAGCGGCUGGGUUUGCGGAAAUAG